AUGGUGGUCAAGGCUGAUGGCUCUAAAUGGGCCUGCAGCUCUUGCUUGAAGGGACAUCGUGUCAGCGGUUGCAACCAUACCGACAGAGAACUCACUUUGGUGCCCAAGAAGGGUCGUCCGGUCACUCAGUGUCAUCAUUGUCGACUUGAGCGCAAGAAGCGAUCUGCGCAUGUGAAGUGCGAUUGCGGCGAGACGGAGAAGGUCCAUCACCCAAAGGAGAAAUGCAUACAUCUUCGUGAGGCAGAGGAACGUGCCAAGGCCGGUCUUCACGAAGUUUUGAAUCACGACAAAGAUGCCGGGCAUCUGGUAGCUGUGGCUGAGGAACAAGGUUGUUGCUGCCACCACGGUGGCAAGUGCACGUGCUCGCUCCUCAAGAAGGAAACCAACGACAUGCUCCUUGACGACAUUCCUCACGGACCGGCCGUGCAGAAGCCUCGACUCGAGUCAACCAGGUCCGAUGGUUCCAUAACAGUCUUCGCAAACGGCCAUCACAAACCUGUGCAUCGCAAGAACAAUGCAGCACACGAGACUGGAAUGCCAUAUAAGAUGCCGCUUUCGCGAUCCACAACCGACCACACUCUACCCUCUGCGGCGCGACGUUCAGUGGACAGCCUCAGCCUGAACACCAACUUAAACAUCCCCCACGCACCAUUCUCGAUGUCUACAAAUAUAGAUUCAAAUGCCUUCAAAUCUGAGCAGCAUUCUCCGACGGUACGAGAGACGAGUCGCAGUGGCUCCCUGGGUGCGAACUUCUCAAACAUCGAUUUGAACGCGCUCGGCCUCGUCCAAACUAAUCAAAGUGUGGAUUCCAUCGAGUCGAACGCAUUUCCUAUGUUUGAUCCGUCAUCGGGCGUGGACAGCCAAGACCCCUGGUCCACCUUCCCAUCGAGCGACUCUCUCGUCUUUCCCAACAACAAUCCAUUUGGCGCAUGGGCGACCACAUUCGAUGCCAGCACUCUUGUCCAGCCCGCCCUCACUGCUGGCUCAUCUUGCACACAGUCCGACAUUGAUGAAAUUCCUCCCACAGACGACAUGUACAAUUUCACAAUGCCCAGCAUCGCCGAGGACUUUGAUCUGAACGAUGCUACGGCGGAUGGCAAUAAUGUCAACCGACGCAGCUUGCCGCCGAACUUCUUCGGAAACACUGACUUCACA